AUGAGUGGCGGGAACUGGCGCAGUCCGUUCAAUAGGAGUUUUUGGAGUCGCACUCCCUCCUACGGCCCUGGUAGUGGAGGGGCGCCGCAUGUGAGCGAUAAUGACUACAGUUACGUUACUGGUGGUGAUAUCGCACAUGACUAUCCGCAAUCGAGACCCGCCCACGCGGAUGACGGGCCCGAUAUUAUCUUCCUCAAGCACCACAAGUACAAAUACACCUUGGAGUUCCCCGCGUAUGCGAUGAGCGAUGGCGCGCUGAGUGUGGGACAGCUACGACAGCGCGCGGCGGAAGUGACGCGCACGCCGGAUCCGCAGCGCAUCAAGCUGCUUUACAAGGGGAAGUUAUUGGAUGAGGAUUGGGUGCAGUGCAGGGCGGAGGGCAUGAAGCAGGAGUCGGAGGUGUUGUGUGUGGUGUCUGAAGUAGAGCCCGGGGAGAGCUCGGAGGGGGAGACCAUGGAUGUCCAUGUCCCUGUUCAAAGGACUGGGACUGAGAUGAGUGCAAUGUCUGAGGGUGGACAGGGAGGCAGGAAGAGGAACCGGGGUAAGAAGGGAAAGAAGGCCAAGAACAAGAAGGAGUUUCCUGUUGAGCCGACCCCGUCGCAGCCACCGCCUCCUCAACCAUCGAAACCAGCUAUAUCCACCAGCGCUUCGUCUCUCCCCGCCCCGGCUCCGAAUCUGAACAGCUUCCACACGCCGGCCGAUAAAGUCAACGCGCUGACAACCUACUUCCGCACUGAGCUCCUGCCUCCAUCUGAGGCUUAUAUCACGUCACCACCGAGCGAACCCAAGUACCGUGACUUUGAGCACAAGAAGCUCACCGAAACCAUCAUGGCGCAGGUGCUGCUGAAGGCGGAUUCGAUUGAUCAUGAGGGAGACCAGGAAGUGCGGGGUGCGCGUAAGGCGUUGGUUAAUGAGGCACAAGAGACGUCGCGUCGGUUGGAUCAGGCUGCGAAGGCGUGA